AUGACAGAGCAGAAAUAGAAUUCGACUCAUUUGAAUUUGCCUUAGCAAUAAAACUUGAUAAUCAUUCCCAGAAAAUCUAAUUAAUUCAGAGGAGUUAGUUAAAUAUACAAUUAAAAGUAGACCCCUGAGCAGGAGUUUCAGGCCAGAUUCAAAGGUAAAACUUCUUUGAUGAGCAAAGAAGGGCAUCUAGGAAUUGUGCAAAAUACUUUGAAGCCUAUAAAUAAGGAAAUGGAAGUAACUCCGUAAAAGAGAUCAGAUUAUUUAAAUCAUUCUUCGAGCACAUAAGAAUUUCUAGGCCAAAAGAUGAACUAGUCAGUUGACUUUAACACUAUCGGCUAUACGUAAGAGAAGGAAGGUCUGAAAAAUGGAGCAGAUUUUGCAAAAAGGCACAAACGUAACUAGUAGAGUUCUAUUCCUACAAGCUCAACUAUGAUAUCCGCCUUGGAUUGCAGGAAAUAAGCUGUCCAUCCAUUCAAAAUGUUGUUGGCACUCAUAGCAUACCUGCAAGUAGGUUUGAAUAGGUCAGACAUAGCUUCUAAGGACACAGAGAAUUCAGUAAGAUUUACCUCAUUAACAUCAAUAGGUGCUGGACAAGGACCUAUUUAUUAAAGAGCUGUUUCAAAUUAAAUAAACAUCAAUGGUUCACCAGCUUUACUUGUUCCUAUGACAUUCACUAACUAGCAGAAUUAAUAAGUGCCAGCUUCAUCAUUUUAUUCACACAUGCCUUUUGGGUUGCAAUCAGGCUAUUCAAAUGUAUUCUAAAUUUAAAGCAUCCCUCUUCAAUAACUAUCCCCAAUUCAAAAUUACUCCUAAGCAUAAGUGAAAUCGGGCAACUAAGAUACUUCAGGCUACGGUACAUCUUUCACAGCGAAUUUCACUAAAGCACCUCACCAAAUGUAGAAUGGUAACUAUGCUCUUAAUUCCUCAAUUAACCAAAGUAUGUAUCAUGAUUAAGGUGGAUUACCUAUGAUCAGUUCCUAGGGCACCUAGGGGAUAUCAAGAUCAUCUUUUAGAUCAAUUUAACAUUAAUAGUAGCAGACCAGUUACAUGUAAUCGAUAAGCAGUGGGGCAUCUAAAUAUUAAGAAUUCGUAAAUUAGAUCAAUAAACAAAAGCUUGAUCAAAUUAACAAAACUAAUGCAACCCUUAACGAGUCAUAGCAAAUUCAAUAUCUAUCUCCCUUAAAACAGUAUCCUAAGGUGUAUGAGAAUAGUGUUUAUGAUAACACUCCAUUAAGUCACUAACUGUAGAGAAAAACGAGAAGAGCACUUAAGCUGGCUAAAAGUACAGAGGUAUCUUCUUUUAAAAGAGGGUAACAACAAUAAGUACCGAUCUGA